AUGACUUCGGACUCCCAAGCCCGGGUUCUUUCCACUGAGCCUCGCUGAACCUCCGGCGGCCCCGAAAUCCUCCGUCCCCGCCACGGUUCGGUUAAAAGAACAAAGCGCGCUGCCCCUCACUUUCACCCUGCGGCGUUUGGCUCUGUGCAGGGCUUUUGGCUGGGUCCUGCACGGAGGGACCCGGAGCUCUGCCCUGACAAGGUGGCCCUGUCUGUCCAGACUAAUUGCCCCGAUCGCCGAUUCCGGGGAGAAGCCUAGAGUGGCUUCUAAAACCCACCAAAGUGCACAGGGGGCAAUUGGAAUUGCCCCUGCCUUCCAGGGGUAAGGGGAUCCACCUCCUGCCGUCGCUGUCGCCCCAGGCUGCUCGCUGGAGUAAAUUGCAACCGCUUAGGGAUCCUUUCUCAGAGCCUCGAGAGCGAGAGUUCAGAUCAGUGAGGCCGGCCCGCCCUGCUCUGACCGCCUCGGAAGGGGAGGAUGGAUUUAUCAGGGAUGAAAAAGAAGAGCUUGCUCGGAGUCAAAGAAAACAAUAAAAAGUCCAGCGCCAGGGCUCCGUCUCCCUCCAAACGCAAAGACCGCGCGGAGGAGAAGUCGAAGGACCGGUCGAAGGACAAGGGGGGCACCAAGGAGUCCGACAAGGACCGCGGCCGCGACAAGGCGCGCAAGAGGCGCAGUGCUUCCAGCGGCAGCAGCAGCACCAGGUCCCGCUCCAGCUCCACGUCGAGCUCCGGCUCCAGCACCAGCACCGGCUCCAGCAGCGGCUCCAGCUCCUCGUCGGCCUCCAGCCGCUCCGGCAGCUCCAGCACCUCGCGGAGCUCCAGUUCCAGCAGCUCCUCGGGGUCCCCGAGCCCCUCGCGCCGCCGCCAUGACAACAGAAGACGCUCGCGGUCCAAAUCCAAACUGCCCAAGAGAGACGAGAAGGAACGGAAGCGGCGCAGCCCGUCCCCCAAGCCCACCAAAGUGCACAUCGGGAGGCUCACCCGGAACGUGACCAAGGACCACAUCAUGGAGAUCUUUUCCACGUACGGGAAGAUCAAGAUGAUCGACAUGCCUGUGGAAAGGAUGCACCCCCACCUCUCCAAAGGUUACGCCUACGUGGAGUUUGAGAGCCCGGACGAGGCGGAGAAGGCCCUGAAGCACAUGGAUGGCGGACAAAUCGACGGUCAAGAGAUCACGGCCACGGCCGUGUUGGCCCCGUGGCCGAGGCCCCCCCCAAGGCGCUUCAGCCCCCCGAGGAGGAUGCUGCCACCGCCCCCCAUGUGGCGUCGCUCCCCCCCACGGAUGAGGAGAAGGUCCCGUUCUCCGAGACGCCGGUCCCCCGUGCGCCGCCGGUCCCGCUCCCCGGGCCGCCGACGCCACCGCAGCCGCUCCAGCUCGAACUCGUCCCGGUGAUGGUCGGGACGUGCCCGCUCUGCCGUCCAGACCGUCGGGCCCAUCCACGGAAUAGCGUAUCUCUCUAACCGGGGGUCGGGGGAGGGGGUCGGGCUUGGGCGCCUCGGCCCGCCGUGCCGCUCUUAGAGACAAGCGGGUCGUGGGUUCCAGCCGGCUCCCGGGACCGAGCCGCUCGUCGGCCCUCCCGGGGCGGAUGGGAUCUGAGCCAGCCCUAGCUCCCGCCGCCCUUCCCCACUCCUCCUCCUCCCCUUUCCUCCUUCAAGAUUGGCCAGCCCGGAGGCUGCCAGGCCCGGAGCCGCAGGGGAACCUCGGCAAAAUGUAAAUUUGCUCUUCUGUUUUAUUUGUUUUGUGGGGUUUUUUUGGCUUUAUUGUACAGUCAGUACCAUUGAGAUUUCUUGUUUGGAGUUUUGUACCUCCGUAGCAUCAUAUGGGUAACAUGUUUGCAAUUGCGUGUAAACUGUGUGGUGAAUAAACUCACAGGAUCAAAGGA